AUGGUGACCUUAAGAUCCAGAUCCAGGCCUCCAAUCCCCUCCAACAAGAAACAAGAGCCCAAGACUCGACCUCGACGGUCAUCAACAAGCAAAUUGGGUAUCGCAGUGGGGUUGAGGUUCCACCCUACCGAACAGGAAAUCGUCGAUUACUAUCUCCACAACCGGAUUGCUAACGGCGACGAGUUCCAGUCCGACUUCAUCCACGAUUGUGCUGAUUUCUUCGGCCAAAAUGAGCCCUGGGUUGUAUGGGACAUGUACGGCGGCAAUGAGUGCGAGGAUGAACAACAUAGUCUCUAUUUCUUCACCCGUCGAAAAAGGCUGAGUCCAACCGCCAAGAGGUUCGAUAGGAAAGUGGGCUCGGGAACCUGGAGCGGCCAACAUCCCAGGGAUAUUGUCGCUGAUGGUCUUGUCAUUGGGAUAAGGAGGGAGUUUAGGUACGAGGAGGGUUGUGACGAGAAGCAAAACAACGCUUGGUUGAUGCAGGAAUACCAGACUGUUGACGAUGAUUGUGAUAUUGUGGUAUGUUCUUUAAGGAAGAGCCCUAGAAAGGCGACACCAACCUCAACUGCUCGGAAGAGAAAGACCAGGAUUAAUGGAAAGAAGGGGAAAGCUGUUCUGGAUCAGCCUAAACCAAAGAGGCGUAGAAGGGAACAGAGUUGUGUCCAGGAGGAAGAAGAUGACAGCAGUGUUGAUGAUGAGCCUAAUAUGGAACAACCCAAAAUGGAACAGAUCGAUUUCGAGUGGGAUCAAGAUCAUCCGUUGCUUCAAGAAGUGUCGGCCCCCAAUCAGUUUCAAGUUGAUCAAGAUUGUUAUUAUCCUGAGUUUUACCCUGAGCUAUAUGUUGACAAUAAUCCUGAUUUCUCUACUGUUGAUGAACUGCUUGGACAGACUCCAACUUGCUACGACAGCAAUAACUUCAACUUGGUAUCCAGUGAUAAUGAUCAUUCUGGUCUGGAGGAAAGUAGUAAUUUUUCACCAAUAUGAAGUGAAAACUAAUACAGAAGAACAAGUAAACUGAAA